UUUUAAUUUAUUGUCUACCUGUCUCAUCAGUCUCAUGUAUUUGGGUUAAAAACUUUGCUCUUAAGACUUCUCAUGCCUAGUAAUCAAUGUCUCAUGCCUAACUGAAGUUUUUGGAACUAUUACAGCCUUAAUGGCACACUUUUGUAAAAAAUUAAUAAUAUGGAAACUCAAGCCAAUACAAGUAAAGGAUAGUACACUUUCCUCAAUUCCCUAAUUUCAAGCUGGCAAUGUUGUUAUGUUUUGCAAAACAUAUCCUGGAACUAAGACAAAGAUAUCUGAGGAAAUCUUUGAAGUAUCCUUGAAAAUCUUUUGGAUCUCCAGAAUAAACAUUUCAAAGCUGUGGCUCCAGAAAUGUUAGCAGGUCUAUUGUUGUACUAUGACAUUACUUAACUGUCCCACCGUUAUUUCCAUGUCAUCAGGCAGCAAAUGCAGAUAUGGUGCUCCAUGUUACAAGCUGUAGAAGAAAAUUUAUUCAACAGCAAAUCAGCAAUGUGUGGCUUAUGAUAUCUACAAGUCUGCUGACUAGGAAACAGUUUUACCUGACACAUGGUUUGGUAUCAGUGUAUAAUGACACAGAAAAAAUCCAAGAACAUCUUGAUGCCAUGGAUCUUCUAAGCGUACGUAAAAAACAGCUCAGAGAAUCUUACAUUCUGAAAUAUGGAGAUAAAGUAGAAGGUCGUGGCUGGGACAUAUCAAUCAGGGAAAUGGCAAUAGCUGUUAUCAAACUAGAAAUUCUCUCUGCAGCUCCUAACAGUGAAGUGAAAAUUGACUUGUGUGAAACUUCAAGAGAAUUCAGGCAGGCUGCCUUUGUCUUGUACAAUUGUGCAAGACUUUCUAAACUUUUUCAAAACUUUGAGGAAAAUGUCCACAAAGGUAUUUAUCCAGCCCUCCCACCUGUAAAUGAUGUGGAUUUUAAUCUCUUGCAUGAUCAAGCAGAAUGGGAGUUAACAUUAAACUAUAUUGUGGCUUUUCCAUCCAUUGUAAGGGAUGCUGUGCCAGCAACCAUAGCCAAGUCACAAAAUGUCACCAUCCACACAAAUAAGAUCUGUUGUUUCCUGUUCAACUUGAGUCACAAAUUUAGUGCAUAUUAUGGACGAGUGCACAUUCUUGGAGAGUCAAAGCAACAUCUUUUCCCCACAAUGUUUGCAAGACUUUAUCUAAUGAAAACUCUUCAACAGGUCAGCAGCUUUCAGUGCCAGGCUGUUAAAUUUGUUAUCCCUACUGAUUGCCUUAUUUAAUUUUGAUGUUAAUUUCCCAAAGCUACUCAGAUGACUUUU